AUGAAACCAAUACAGACAGACAGAGAAGCAGAGAUCCGGCAGCGGCAGCAGCAGAUGCAGAUGGAAAAAGAGCGGUACGUGUACCGGGGAAAAAAGCUGAAGGAGAGCAACAAGAACUACUUCCGGGUGCUUUUCCUGCUUGCAGUGCUCCAGAUGAUUGCAAUUGCGUUUUUCACGCGGGGAUUUCUCUUGAGCCGGGAGGUUCUUCCGAACAGGUCGACGUGCAUUGAGCAGCAGGGGUCAGAGACGUGUUUCCGGCCGAAGAAACCGUUCAAGAAGGCGAUAAUAUUGUUGAUUGACGCUUUACGGUUUGAUUUCACGAUUCCCACAGAGGAGGAUGGUUUAAGCUACCACAACGAGCUCCGGGUGCUGUAUGAGACGGCGGAACGGCACCCGGAGAACGCAGUGCUUCUCAAGUUCCUUGCCGACCCACCGACAACGACUUUGCAGCGGCUCAAAGGACUCACUACGGGGUCUCUUCCGACUUUUGUUGAUGCCGGGUCGAAUUUUAACGGGGACACGAUCCUGGAGGACAACUUGAUCCGGCAGCUGUACGAACAGGGCCGGCGGGUUGCGUUUGCCGGAGAUGACACGUGGGACGCGCUUUUCGGGCCGUACUUGUACCGGAACUUGACAUUUCCCUACGAGUCUCUCAACGUGUGGGAUUUGUACACUGUGGACGAAGGGGUGACACAGCACGUGGAAUCGAUGCUGGAGCACAACUCGACGGCGUGGGACGUGCUGGUGGGCCACUUCUUGGGCGUGGACCACUGUGGGCACCGGUAUGGGCCGGGCCACGAGGCAAUGCGGGGGAAAUUGAGGCAGCUGGACUCAGUAAUCCGGCGGGUGAUGCACAAAAUGGAUAAUGACACCGUUCUUUUUGUGUUUGGCGACCACGGCAUGGAUGCCACGGGCAACCACGGUGGCGAGACGGCUGCGGAGCUCGAGUCUGCGCUUUUCAUGUACUCGAAACGGGCAUAUUUCGGGCACCUGGCCGGGGCAAUGUACGAUAUUUCGCGUGGUGGAAGCAAUUACCGGGCCGUGGACCAGAUAGACUUUGUGCCAACGGCUUCUCUGCUGCUCGGGCUGCCCGUGCCGUACAACUCGCUCGGCCGGCCGAUUGCCGAGGCGUUCUUGGGGCCCUCGGGACGGGAUUUCGGUAACUUGGCCCGUGCCAUGAGCAUUUGCAGCUCGCAGAUCAAUCUGUACAGGCAUACACAGGGCGAGUUGGCCUCGGAUGGGGAGGUGAAUGCGAUGUAUGCGGAGUUAGGGGGGGAUGGAAACUCUUUUAAGAGUGAAGACUCCUCUAAGUAUCAAAAGGGCGGUGAGUACGAAAAGACUGGUGAGAAUAAAUCCUCCUCUAAGUAUGAGAACCCCUCUAAAUAUCAAAGGACUGUCCAUAAUGAAAACCCCUCUAAGUAUGAUAAGGCUACCCGCUACAUCAAACGGGCCUCCCAGUACCAGCAGGAGUCCCUCAGACGCUGCAAGCAACGCUGGGCAACAUUUGACGACGCAAACAUCGCCAUCGGGCUCCUUCUCCUGGCCAUCUCCUGGUUCUUGCUCAUCGUCUACUCCAAGAUGAUCCCCUCGGUGGUGAUCGCACAGUUGAACCCCCAGUUUCUGUUCUCGUCACUCGUGCUCAUGCUCGUGUACACGGUGCUCCUGGCAUCGUUCGUUUUUGUGUUCCGGCCGGCCCGGCUGCCCCUUCCUUGGGCCCUGCUUCUUGGCGUGGCAUUAGGCAUCGCCAACGGUAUCUUUGCACCAGUCAUGGACCGGUACUCGGUGCCGUGGCUCGCCGGGCAGCUCCGUGACAACCUAAUUCAGGACGGCUGGACGUAUUUCGCGCUUUUCGUGCUCUUGCUGCACUCUCUGGUGUUUGCCAGCAACUCCUUCGUCGUCUGGGAGGACCGAAUUGUCAGCUUUUGGCUCGUUACAUUUGGAAUAUGUGCCUUUUUCAAGUCGUUCCAGGUUCUCAAUCGACGCGCCCGGUACCUGGGAGCGGUCCACUCGCUUGUGUUUGUCGUUUUGACCCGAGCCGUGUCGCAAAUCCGGCUCUGCCGCGAGGAGCAGGCCGGAAACUGCCUCAGCACGUUUGCCACUACGCCGUACGCCGUGGCCGGGCUCUAUGUGGUGGCUGUGGUGCUCCCGAAGCUCGUUGUUGCCUUUUUCCGCACUACCGACUGCUACCAGGGGGCGGCACCGGUCUGGAUCUCCACCGGAUUCCGGGCAAUGCUCUUCCUUAAUGCGUUCACCUGGACCUUUGAGCUUUUCGAGCAUGACCCGGCACUUAUUUCCUCACUCAUACCUCAUUCAUCACAUUCCUUGCUCGCUUCACUUUCCUCCCCCUCCUUCCUCAAGACUGCCCGGCUGACACUUGCCCGAAUCGUCAUCGGUGUCUCCCUGGUGGCCGCAAACUUCGGCUGGGCAAACGGACCACUCUGUGUCAAGAUCGACAUCCAGGAUCGCCCAAAACGCGCCAAAAUCAUCGGAUACGGCAACGCUUACGGCUCUUCCUACUUCCUCCUCUUCCUCAACUUGCUUGCUGCCACCAUGGAGGCCAGCCGACCAAUGGCAGCCCUCUCUUUGGCCGUGUUCACCUACCAGCUCCUCACAUUGCUUGAACUCGUCCAUGUGCUCAACAUCCGCACAAAUCUCGUUUCUGCCGUCGUUCUCACCUUGCUGGCAUACCUGCACUUCUUCACAACGGGUCACCAGGCCACACUGCAGUCCAUACACUGGGAUUCAGCCUUUCUGCUCUCAGACUCCAUCACUUUCCCCUUCACCCACCUCGCCGUCGUCCUCGACACCUUUGCACCAUUCCUCCUAGCCGCUCUUGCCACUCCCUUGCUCAUUCUAUGGAGAAGACCACCCUCCGGACACCCACUCACCAUCUUCUCCAAGAUCGUCGAGGUUGCAACCAGCUUCUUGGUCUGCCAGGUCUCUCUCACAUGGGCCAGCAUGCUCAUGACCAACCAUUUUCGCCGCCACUUGAUGGUCUGGAAGAUCUUUGCGCCUCGCUACAUGCUCAACGGCCUGGUCUUGAUCGUUCUCAACCUCGUUGUUGUUUUCGUGUGUGUUGGUUUUGCUGCUCCCAGGGUCAUCCGACGCUGGUACGAUGCUUUUGGUGCCUGA